AUGGUCUAUGCCAUGUUAUCUAUUGGUGUUCUAGGAUUCAUCGUAUGGAGUCAUCAUAUGUAUACUGUAGGAUUAGAUGUAGAUACUCGAGCAUACUUCACAGCAGCUACAAUGAUUAUUGCAGUACCUACUGG